UAAGAAUGGAAUAAUAGCACAAAGGUACUAAUAGUUGUAGUAAUUUGAGGGAAUACUGAACCUGGAGAAAUGAAUUCUAGUUCAUAGUAAUUUUAUAGCACCAACACUCUUUUUUUAAAUAACAUUGGAUUGAGUACAAACAUUUCAUCAAGCACUUUGAGACACACAUCGCCUUAAAUAUCAUUUCCAAAGGCAAAUCGCUUCCAUACUCAAUCUUAAUUGUAAUUGCCCACCAAAUUGGAGUUGCCUUCACAAUUAGGAAAAAGGUUAUCAAAUAUAUUGAUUAUGCAUUAGAUUCACGUAAUAAGGGUUUGGUAAUAAAAUAGUAUUUUAAUAUGAAUGGUAGAAGGACAAUGCUAAAGAACUACCGAGUCCAGAUAGAUAUUAAGUGCGUUAAGAACCAGGAACUGAUAAAUUAAAAAAAUCCUUUGGUUUGUCAUGGGAUGCUUACUCCAAAACAUACUUGCCUUACAAUAAGCAUUUGUCGCCUGAAGUAGCACGCUAUCUGCCAGGUAACUAAUGAGUCUAAUGAAGGACCUGGAGAAUACACUGUACGUUAAGAUUUAGGUUAGCACAGAUACUAAUUUCAAUUAAAGGGAAAGGGGAAAAUGUUCAACGAUCAAAGAGAAAACGGAGUACCUGGACCUGAGGCAUACCAACCGUAAAUCUGUUUGACUGUUCCCAAUAGAUUUUCUGUAUUGUUAAUUCUUAAGUAUAGAAAAUUUCACUUGGAAUUGGGGAGAAGAAGAAUCCAUUCUAAUCUUUUAGUUUCGCGCCAGGACCUGGAAGGUAUGAGACCAAUUCUGCUUUUGACAAGGCAAGUAAAAAGAGGGAAUUUAUUACCAAGCCUGGGGAGAGAAGACCUUUUAUUUGA